AUGACGACCACAACCGAUCAAUUGACCAAGUUCAAUCCGGAAACCAUGGACUGGAAGGCGUGGAAGUUUUUGUAUGAUAAUUAUACUGUGCUGACCGACCUUCAUACGGACAAGCACCGUGCCUUGCUAAUAAACAGUCUGGACACGAAGGCCCUGCAGCUUUUAGUUUCGAUGUGCAAACCCAAGAUGCCGUCCGACUUCACACUGGGUGAACUGGUCACGAAGCUGGAAACGGCCUACGCCCCGUACACAAACCAAAUAACCGAGUGGGCGCUGUUCUUCAGUCUUCGGCAGGACGAAAAAGAAAGCCUGGUGGACUUCGCGACACGUUUACGUGACAAAACGAUCCUAUGCGACUUCCCGGCAACAGUGCUGGAGAAGAAUUUAAGUGCUGUGCUCGUGGCAGGCGUCAAAAGCGACGCAACGAGACGCUACCUAAUGCUGCAAGAGCUGAAGACGUUCGACGCCGCCCUCCAAAUUGCUAUCAAAUAUGAAACAAGCGUGAAAGAGGCGAGAAAAACUAACGUGGAAGAGAAUGUGGUGAACCGUAUUAAGAAGCGAGAAACAACAGUGAAGAAAGAGGAUAAGAGCAGGAGAGAGAAGAGACAAGAAGAGAAUGAAGAAGAAAGUGGAAGUGACGAAGAGAUGCCGUCCCGGCGGAAGUGUAAAAGAUGUGGAUCCUGGCGGCAUACGCCCGAAGAAUGCUGGUAUAAAAACACCAGGUGCAAUGCUUGCGGCAUGAAAGGCCACAUAGAGAGGGCAUGCCAGCAGAAGGACAAGAAGAAGAAGGAAAAGGUCGAUACCGUCUACAAUGUCGAAGAAGACUAUUUCGACAUUUUGCCAUAA